AAUUCCGUGGUCUAUGUUAUUUUAAUACAACUAGAACUGUAAGUUUUUACCUCUUUUUUCCCAACUUAAAUUCUUAUAAUUUCACUACUGUAUUGCCAUCAGUUUAUAAAAGUGCAAAAGUCUAAGAAGUCAACAGGGGAUUGAACAUUAAUGAAUACAUUUAAUUUUGAUAAACACUCGAACCAAGCUAAAAUGCAGGUUAUUCCAAGUUCAAUUUAGUCGUUAUGGAGAACUGAAAGAUUAUUUGUAAAAACAUUUAUAUUUUCAAAUAAUACACAAGUGUACUUAUUUUUGCUGACGAGGUUUGAAGAUUGUACAAUCAUGAAGAAAAGCAGAUCAUCAUCUAUAGCACAGUCCAUUAGUGAAAAACUUGGUGGAGUUAAAUCCAUCAGUACACUUGCUUUGUACACUAACUCGGGAAAACCUGCAACUUCAUCAAAAUGGCCUCCAAUAGACCUGCCGAAUUUAGUGGAAGGAAUAAUAAACGCUCGAAAACGAAUAUGUCAUCACAUUGUUCACACAGCGAUGGAAUACUCUCCGGUGAUGAGCCAACUGGGAUUCUGCAAAGUUUUCAUAAAGAUGGAGAAUGACCAAAGAACAGGAUCUUUCAAGAUACGAGGAGCUUUGAACAAGCUGAUGCAAAUGAAAGAUGAGGAUAUUACCAGCCAGUGCUUACCCAUUUUGGCAUCAACGGGAAACCAUGCUUUGGCUUGUGCUCAUGCCUUUAACAUUCUAAACAUAUAUGGAAAGAUACUAGUUCCAGAGAAUAUUAACUCUGAGAUACUUUCAUUUCUACGUACACUUAACGCUAAUGUGCAAUUUUAUGGUUCGUCAAUUGAGUUAACGGAAGCAAAAGCAAGAUUAAUGGCUUCAGAGGAAGGUAGGGUUUUUAUUUCUUCAUACAACGACCUAGACAUUAUUUGCGGCCAGGGAACUGUUGCAAUUGAUAUUAUAGAAGACAUGCCAGAAGUGGAUAUUGUAAUUGUUCCUGUUGGAGGAGGAGGUUUAAUUUCGGGAAUUGCUGCUUACCUAAAGCAACUGAAACCCCAAGUGAAGGUGAUUGGAUGCCAACCUGAGAAAGCUGCAAUCUUGUCGAAAUCAGUGAAGGUAGGUUAUGUAAUAAAAAUGGACACUCUACCAACGCUAGCGCACUCCACUAAUGUUAAAUUAGAACAAGAUUCUGUCACAUUGAAUAUGUGUGCCAAACUUGUUGAUGAGUGGGUUUUGGUUUCGGAGGAAGAAAUUGCAACAGCAGUUUAUUACAUGAUGGAACAUCACCAUCGCCUCGUGGAAGGAGCUUCCGGAGUGGCCAUUGCAGGAUUUCAGAAAACCUCGUCAAGAUAUCAGGAUAAGACUGUCGUCAUUAUAUCCUGCGGGUCUAAUAUUAGUAUGAAAGAAAUAAAGAAAAUAGUGGAACAGAACGGGCCUGGAGACGACUAACUAGACAAAAGUGACUUUCCUUUUAAUUCUGCAAACUUGUUUUUGGUAUAGGUUAUGAGAGUAAAAAUUAUAUCAACAAGAUAUUUAUGGCAGAGUAUUAACUUUAAACGUAAGUUUCCUACAGAUUUGUUCUUAUAUUUAACAAUUUAAAAAUAUUGUAAAGUCGGGAUGCACUGACACAAUAAAUCAUUCACAAAAUUUAAUAUAUAUCACAUUAUUUUAAAUUAAUUACGAACAAAGUUAUCUUCUUUAAAGUAAAGUAAGAAUGAAAGAGCAAAGAAGACCUGGUUAUCGU